AUGAAUGAGGAACCCCUAACGCCAUUGGUUUUUGGUAGUUCCUUCCUUGCAACAGUUGGAGCUAAUGUGGACUAUCCAAACCAAAGAGUUUCUUUCUCUAGAGUAAAGAAGAGAGUCUUUUAUCCAGCAGUCCCUACCAAGAGCUCUUAUUGUAUAACCAUUAGGAAUGGCAGCAGAUUGAGUUUAGACCAUGGAGAAGAGAAGGAGAAGCCUCAAAACGUUUCCAAGCAAGCUCUUUACAUAAGAUCUUACGAAGUUACCAAAUCAGUGAACCCUGAUCAUGAGAGUUGCUUAAGAGACAAGGUUUCGACUGUGAUGCCUAAAGAGUGUGAUGCAGAUAGUUCUAAGGAAGUUUUCCACCUUGAGAGACGUCCUAGAGCACCUCCAAAACCAGCACCAUCCGACACUCCUUGGUUUAGAUACAUUGCCAACUAUCUUGCUGCUGAUCAUCCACCACCCCAAUUCUUUGGCUACAAGAAGAAGAAAUUCUUACGUGAUGUUAGAAGGUACUUUUGGGACGAACCUUAUCUUUAUAAACAUUGUUCUGAUGGUAUGUUUAGAAGAUGUAUUCCAGAAGAAGAAGUCCCAGGAGUUCUCUUUGCUUGUCAUGGAUCUGACUAUGCAGGACAUUUUGCUACUAACAAGACUGUUGCUAAGAUCUUGCAAGCUGGUUUUUGGUGGCCCACCAUGUUUAAGGACGCCCAUGACUUCAUCUCUAAGUGUGAUGCUUGCCAGAGACAAGGAAACAUCAGCAAAAGGAAUGAGAUGCCACAAAACUUCAUCCAAGAAGUGGAAGUUUUUGAUGUUUGGGGAAUAGACUUCAUGGGUCCUUUUCCUUCUUCUUAUGGGAACAAGUACAUCCUUGUUGCUGUUGACUAUGUGUCUAAGUGGGUAGAAGCCAUAGCCAGCCCUACAAACGACUCCAAGGUGGUGAUAAAGUUAUUCAAGUCGAUCAUCUUUCCAAGAUUUGGUAUCCCAAGAGUUGUGAUUAGUGAUGGAGGAUCUCAUUUCAUCAACAAAGUCUUUGAAAGUCUACUGAAGAAAAAUGGAGUGAGACACAAGGUUGCUACUCCUUAUCACCCUCAGACAAAACUGCAUUCAAAACCCACUUGGAACAACUCCUUUUCACCUUGUCUAUGGAAAUCUUGCCAUCUUCCUGUUGAGAUUGAGUAUAAGGCGGAAUGGGCAGUAAAGAAGCUGAACUACGACAUCAAGACAGCAAAGGAGAAGCGCUUGAUUCAGUUGAAUGAGUUGGAUGAAAUUCGUCAUAAUGCCUAUGAGAAUUCUAGGAUCUACAAGGAAAGAACAAAAGCAUAUCAUGACAAGAAGAUAGUCCCCAAGACGUUCUCUCCCAAUGACCAGGUUCUCCUUUUCAACUCACGCCUGAAACUCUUUCCCGGUAAGCUUAGAUCGCGAUGGUCCGGACCUUUUAAGAUAAAAGAAGUGAAACCAUAUGGCGCUGUUGUACUAUGGAACCGUUCUGGAGGUGAUUUCACUGUUAAUGGACAAAGACUCAAGCCAUAUCUCGCAGACAUUGAUGAGGAUGAGAGAGAAACAUUUCCUUUAGUCGAUGCCCCACUCGCCUAA